CCUGGUCGUGAUGCUAAGGGUGCUGCUCUGGCUCUGUUCACCGCUCGUCUCCACCGCUCUGACGUCACUACCCAUAGGGCUGUGCUGCAGGCCAUCAUCUUUCAGCUGGACAAAGCCAUCGAGAGUGUUGACACCCAGAGAGAUGGUUUAAUAUUCAUCUAUGACAUGACCAACUCCAGCUAUGGGAACUUUGACUAUGAGCUCUGUGUCAAGAUCCUCGACCUCCUCAAGGGUGCGUUCCCAGCGCGUCUGAAGUGUGUGUUCAUCGUGUCGUCUCCUCUCUGGUUCAGAGCUCCCUUCGCCGUCCUCAGACUCUUCGUACGUGAGAAGCUGAGAGAGAGGGUGUGUACAGUGAAGGCCCACGAGCUGUCCAAUUACAUCCCAGUCUCUUCUCUUCCGGAACACCUGGACGGAACCUCCCGGUACAGCCACGUUGCCUGGAUACAGUCCUGCGUCAACACACACACCGCCCCAGGCGACGCGCACACACACCCGCACGACACACACGACUGCGUGGGCAGCCUGUUGCUCUCGUACAACCUGGAGCCUCACAACGCUAACGCCGCCGCUACGUUAGCCGCUACGCAAACCUCCAUAGACUCCCACUCGGAUUCGCCGCUGCUGUUAGCCUCCGAGCUAGCGUCAGCGGCUACGGCUAACUCCAACUGCUACGACGACAGUAAUGCUAACCCACACGUCCACUGUGGUACAGUGAACGGCAGGACUCGAGGCCGGGCCCAGAACAGCCCCCAGAGCUCUGGACCACAGAGGAAUCGCCAACAUUGGAACGGUUCUGCCCGUAACUACGGGGUCAAGGGAGGGUUGGGGGUUAAUACCGUUGUUGGGGUUGUUAGCGGCGCUAGCCCCAAUGCUAACAGCGCGAAUGGUCGCCAGCCCCCUCCCCAGUCAGACACGCCCCCGGACACACCCCUCCACCACAAAGUAGUAGGAAUUACGAUGAGUUUCGGGUCAGAAACCCUCGUCGACGGAACAGCGAACGAGGAAGAGCGGGAAGGAGAGGAGGAGGAAGAGGAUGAGGUAGAUGGGGUGCCUCCUCUCCCUCAGAAGUCUCUCCCGCGCCACCCUCAACCCCCGCCGUCCCAGUGCCCCUCGCUCUGCGGCGCGUCUCAGCCGGACGAGGACCCUUGUCCCCAGGAAGAGGUGUCUGUACACAUGCCUGACGGGGGAGGGAUGAACGUGUUGGAGCUGGUGGAGCACGUGAAGAAGAGGAAGAAGAAAGGAAUCUACCAGGAGUACGAAGAGAUACGCAAGGAGCCUCCUACUGGUAGCUUUGACUACAGCAAAAAGCUGUCCAAUCAGAUCAAGAACAGGUACAGUGAUGUCCUCUGUCUGGACCAAUCACGUGUCAGACUCUGCCAGCUCUGUGAUGAUGAGGACGAGACGUCAGACUACAUCAAUGCUAGUCUUAUGGACGGCUACAAGAGGAGCAACGCUUAUAUCGCAACUCAGGGUCCUCUGCCGAAGACGUUUGGUGAUUUCUGGCGCAUGGUGUGGGAGCAGAUGGUGCUGAUAGUUGUCAUGACUACCAGGGUGGUAGAGCGUGGGAGAGUAAAGUGUGGUCAGUACUGGCCGAAAGAGGAGGGGACAACGGAGCAGCAUGGACACUUCCUGGUUAGGAACACAUCCAUCCAGCUAUAUCAGGACUUUAGACUGUCUCACCUGGAGCUAUACAACAGCCAGACAGGUGAGAGGAGGGAGGUCUCCCACUACCUGUAUGUCAGCUGGCCAGACUUCGGUGUGCCCAAGUGUGCGUUGGCCAUGUUGGAUUUCCGUGAGCACGUGCAGCAGCGGCAGGAGGCGGCGCUGAGGAGUCUGGGAGCUGAGUGGGUGGGACCCCCAGGUGGGCCACCGCUGGUCGUACACUGCAGCGCAGGUAUCGGACGCACAGGUACGUUCUGUACCCUGGACAUCUGUCUGUCCAGGCUGGAGGACAUUGGGACGGUGGAUGUGUGUGAGACAGUGAGGAGGAUGAGGACCCAGAGAGCCUUCAGUAUACAGACCUGGGAUCAGUAUUACUUCUGCUACACGGCCGUCAUCGAGUACGCACAGCGACACGGCAAACUGACCCCGGUACAGUGGUCCGAUUCAGACCUAGAGACAGACAGCGAGUGACGGGGAUGGGAUGGCUGGAAACAGGAUGUGUCCCAGGAAGAGGAAGAGGGUGGAGGAUGGAAUGAACGCAGGCUGAGGGAGAUGGAGGAGGGAUGGAAACAGGAUGUGUCCCAGGAAGAGGAAGAGGGUGGAGGAUGGAAUGAACGCAGGCUGAGGGAGAGGGAGAUGGAGGAGGGAUGGAAACAGGAUGUGUCCCAGGAAGAGGAAGAGGUGGAGGAUGGAAUGAACGCAGGCUGAGGGAGAUGGAGGAGGGAUGGAAACAGGAAGAGGAAGAGGGUGGAGGAUGGAAUGAACGCAGGCUGAGGGAGAUGGAGGAGGGAUGGAAACAGGAUGUGUCCCAGGAAGAGGAAGAGGAAGAGCGUGUGAAAGCUAAAUGACUCUUGAGUUACUCCCCCAAUCAUGAGGAGGAGGAGAAGAUGAGAUGUAUCAACGAUUGAUUGAUUGAUUGAUUGAUAGAGCAGAGUCCUGCCAUUUAGUAUGUAGUGGGGCGGCUCUGAGCUAAGAGGAGCUCUCCUGUCCCGGCCUAUUUCUCCCAUAGAGCUAAGAGGAGCUGGCCUCUCCUGGCCUGGCCUGUUUCUCCCAUAGAGCUAAGAGGCGCUGGCUUGUCCUGGCCUGGCCUGUUUCUCCCAUAGAGCUAAGAGGAGCUGGCCUCUCCUGUCCUGUCCUGACCUGGCCUGUUUCUCCCAUAGAGCUAAGAGGAGCUGGCCUCUCCUGUUCUGGCCUGGCCUGUUUCUCCCAAAGAGCUAAGAGGCGCUGGCUUGUCCUGGCCUGGCCUGUUUCUCCCAUAGAGCUAAGAGGAGCUGGCCUCUCCUGUCCUGGCCUGGCCUGUUUCUCCCAUAGAGCUAAGAGGAGCUGGCCUGACCUGGCCUGUUUCUCCCAUAGAGUUAAGAGGAGCUGGCCUGACCUGGCCUGUUUCUCCCAUAGAGCUAAGAGGAGCUGGCCUCUCCUGGCCUGACCUGGCCUGUUUCUCCCAUAGAGCUAAGAGGCGCUGGCUUGUCCUGGCCUGGCCUGUUUCUCACAUAGAGCUAAGAGGAGCUGGCCUGACCUGGCCUGUUUCUCCCAUAGAGCUAGCUAGAGGGCUCUGCUUUGCACCUGUGCGACAAUGUCUUGUGUGACAGCAUGUGCUGCACCAUAGAGGUCUGUCUAAAUCUAUGGUCGCUCUCCCUAGUCGUACAUCCUAGUGACAAUGGCCCACUGGACUGUCACCAUAGAGGUCUGUCUAAGUCUAUGGUCGCUCUCCCUAGUCGUACAUCCUAGUGACAAUGGCCCACUGGACUGUCAA